UUUUGUUCGAGUUAUGGACAAAUUCAACUUAUAGAAGUUCGACUUACGGGAGCAGAAUUCGCCUGCUCACAAAAGCUGCUGCUGUGGCAGCAGGAACACAAGAAGUUGCAGCCAAUACAUCAUGCGCGCCUUAUGGGUGGCACCACAGUCACCAGCGCCAAGCUAGAGAACGCGCAGGUGAUGCACGGUUGUGGUAAGCCCAAAGUGAGAACCAAAACAGGCAGCUGCAGUGAAGUCGUCCAUGUUAAUAUUAAUGUUAAUGGAUCUGAGUCGGUUGGAACGGGAACGGCAAAGGGCAAGCGAAAGUCAAGUGUAAUCAAAAUAGCGGAGACAACACAAUUGCUUACACGGUUUUCACGGACACGUAACAAUAUUGGAGUCUCUUCCAACGCUAUUGUACAGAAAAAGCAACUUACGCAGAUGCAACGCUUAAUAUUUAAGAGUCAGCCGGGGAGUGUAAGUGAGCAAAUGCAAAAUGCUUCUGCCGAUGGUUGCGUACAACAACACCAACAGAAACAACAACAACAUUCCGUUCAUAGUAGAAGAACAACCGGUAAGUUUAAGACUGGCGGCAUUGUGGUUACAGCAGUGCAACAGUCGGCGGCUAACAACACAACAGGAAGUGGUUGUGUUUCAAGGCGAAUACGCCAUUCCAGUGGCAUGCACAAAAAAUGUGGAAGUAGCGGGGAAACCGACGGUGCAGUCAAUAUGCUGCAGCAAUAUCGCAACAGCAGCUCCGUACAAAUGAGUAACAAACCCGCAGCGGCCAUUUCACUGGAUACCGCUAGUCUUGUACGUAAGGUCAAGACCAAGUUUAAGAAACGCAAGUCUCGCACUCUGGCAAAUGCCGUCGCUACCGCAGUGGUUAAAUAAAUGAAUGAAAGCAUCAUAAUUAAUACACUUGGACAUUCCUCAGCCUCCUUCUGGCCAACAGCGUAAAUAGCGCCGUCUCUUAUACAGCGAGACUCUAUGUAUUUGUAUGUAACAUUUGUUUCAGACCCAAAUUUUAGUCAAAUCAACAUAAACUUAUACUUAUAUAUAAUUCGCGGUCAUAUCAUAUAUAAACAAUAAUACUCUUUGAAUAAGCAAAAUGUCAGCAAAUGAGCAAAAUUUAUGAGGCAUUAUUUACACACACUUAUUAUUCAAAAAUGAAUUAUUUAAGAACAGGAUAUUAACUAUUUUGGCCACUUCCUCUUUUAUAUUAAAAUUUGCAAUAAAAAUUACAAUUGUUUUGA